AUGGCUGCGAUGGGCUCAACCGUCUCCGCGAAGCUGCUUCGUUUGGACAAUCCCAUUGGAAGCUUAACCCUCGCCUUCUGGCUUUGGAAAGCUCUUUUGUUCGUUGCAGUUGUAUUGUGCCCUGGCCCAGGCUACGACACUUCAACCACCUUGAUCAAUUCCGAGCGGGGCAAUCACCUGUCCUACGGCAAACUCCAGUCUCUACCGUGGCCAUUGAAGUUUACUCGGUGGGACUCAAUUUACUUUCUGCAUAUCGCAGAAGAGGGAUAUGUCUUUGAGCAAGAGUGGGCAUUCAGCUAUCCUAGGAUCUUGAGCUUCUUCGCCGCAGUGAUUCGCUGGUCCGGUGGACAAGGCGGACUAGUCAACACGGCCUUGGUGGGUGUCGUUCUGUCUCAUGUUGCCCACUACCUCUCGGUAUUAGCCUUAUACCGGUUGUCAGCCAAUAUCUUCGGUCACGCGACUGCCACGCAGAGGCUCAUCUGUUUCUUGUCUGCAACCCUGCACAUCAUCUCGCCAGCGGGGGCAUUUCUUUCGGCCCCUUAUGGAGAGCCAAUCUUCUCGUUUCUGAACAUCUCUGGUUUCUAUCUCUACACCUCAUCUCUCAUUGCAGACCACAAUGGUGCGCGGUUUCUUCGAGACCUCCAAGUCCUCACCGCGGCCGUGUUCUUUGCCCUUGCGACCAUAGUCCGGAGCAAUGGCAUCCUGAGUGGAUUCUUGUUUGCCUACGACGCCAUCGUGCUGGUAUGGGCGACUCUGACGCAGGGUCCUUCCGUUACCAAAGCUCGUCGUCUUGCUAUUAUCAUUCUCGGUGGCUGCAUCGUGGCAUCGGGAAUGGUUCUGCCUCAGAUUCUGGCCUAUCGCCAGUAUUGCAUGGGACUUCCCGAUGUCCGACCGUGGUGUACCUGGGCAUUACCCAGCAUCUACACCUGGGUUCAAGAAUUCUACUGGAAUGUUGGGUUUCUUCGAUACUGGACAGUGUCCAAUAUACCUCUUUUCUUGCUAGCCGCACCAGCUAUCAUUAUUAUAUUUCAGUCCUCACUGUGGGCGCUGAAAGCUCCAUCAACCUUGCGCUCAGCCUCUGGUGGUCAGUCUUCGUCUCCUGUCAGCCCUGGGUCCAUGCUUUUCCGCCUCGCAGUGCCACAAGGGUUGCUUGCCGUGAUGGCCUUGACAAGCUAUCAUGUCCAGAUCAUCAAUCGAAUUUCAUCAGGAUACCCUGUGUGGUAUUGGUGGCUUGUUUCAAGCGCCAUGGGCAGCCUGCAGGAUCCUCAGAAGAGCCGCCGAGGGCUUUCGGUCGCUGCGCAAGCUAUGAUAGGCUAUGCUUUGAUCCAGGGGGUUCUUUUUGGUUCUUUUUUACCCCCAGCAUGA